AUGAAAAUUGAGAAAUGGCUGCUAGCGGAUUGGAGUACUAGUCGACGAAUGCAAGAAGUUAUCAAAGUGAGUGAAGAUAUGAAGGUAGUUGAGACACCUAACCAGGAAGAAAACAAAAUCACUGUAACAGAAUAUCAGCAACAUAAUAUUUCGGAUCAGAAUAGGCAGUCUAAUAAUGAGAGCGGUUCAGUGCCAGUGAAGAGUGCGCCCAAAGAUGAGGUUGAGAAGGAUUAUUCGCCGAGCGGUUCGUCUUGGGAACCAACGGACCAAAAUUCCUCAUCAUCGGAAGAUUCUGAUAAAGAGGAAAUACAAUCGAAAACUAUGAAAAUGGAACAAUAUAUCCGUCGUUAUUCUAGAAAAGGAAAUAGUAAAAAGGCUUUAGUACCUGUCCAUAGACCGAAUGCGGUUGUAAAUGUAUUAAAAGAACGUCAAAUAAAUGAAAACAAUAGGAGCCAUAACUCGAGUCGUAAGAGAAAGUACAAAGAGUUUGUACACAAUAAAUCCUUACCUGAUUCCACAAGAAAAAACCCCUCCCCAUCUAAAGAAAUUAAAACCAUUAGUAUAAAUGUGAAAGAACUCUUAGAUAUUAAAUCAAGUUUCAAAGACCUAUUUAGAUUGUUGAACGAUUUGAAACCCGACACAGGAAAUAAUAUAGAAAAAAACAGUUUCAAAGAUGUCACGACGCACGAAAAAUCCAAUAUUCCUCCUUCAUAUGAAAGCGAACACAGCGAAGAUAACCAAAGUGAGGAUUUGAAUCGUUCAGAUGAUAACGUCCUAAUUACAAAUAAAUAUAGCAAAGCUCGAGUCAUAACAGACAACUCUAGAGAAAAACAGCCACCGAAUAAUGAAAGCGAAUGGAUCCCAAUAGGCAGUGGUAAAACAUUAAUACAUAAAGACAAAUACAGAAAGGUGAAUUGGAAAUCUUACACCAUAGCAACAAGAACAUUGUUGCUAGCGACAUUUCCAAGAAGGAUACUAGCGACACAUUCAUUGACGGGAAAACGGUCUCCGGCCUUUCAAAAUAAACCCGCGAAAAUGUGUUUGGACCCAAAAAUUGUAUCGGACAUAAUUCUUGAAAUAACAUCGAAGUUUAAAGUUAAAGAAAACUUGGUUAGGAGCAUUAUAACAACAAAAUGCGCGGAUGAAUGUAAAAUGUACAAAUCAAGGACAAAGAAUAAAAAGAUUAAAGAUCAAGAAAAUCUACCUCCAGCUAUAAAAGCUAGAGAAGAAACUCACAUGGAAGUUUCUUAG